GUAUGAUGACAAAGAUGGCGCCGUACAUGAUAGAAUAAAAUUCAACAUUUCCUUUGGGUUUUUAUUAUUACGCGGUCUCGGUAAUUCCGACGGAAAGACAGUGUCCAUUUGUCUUUUCGCUGGUUGUUGUUUCUGUGCAGUAAUUAUAUGAGCGGUUAACAGAUGGCGGUUUGGGGAGAUUUUUGUCGAAGUGUGCGACUUUUGUUAGGUCAAGUACAAAGACAAGGCAUUUGCGCAGUUAACAGAGUUGGAAUAUCCAACAAUCCAGCUCGCUCUAUGAGCCAAGCCGCCCCACAGACCGAACCGAUGUGUGACGACAACGAACACGUCAGCCCGAAGAUUGUCAACAGAAACCCUCGAAAUCUGGAGCAGAUGGCCAUAGCAGUGAAGGACCGAGGCUGGGGCGAUACGUGGCCAUCCAGACAUUACUACCACAGACUGGUGUUCUCGCGGUCGCAGCACCACGUGACGGCGCAGGUGUUUGCGGCGGGCGUGGACCAGCCGGUGGUGUCGUGCUCCACGCAGGAGUGGGCGGUGAAGCGGGAGCUAGCGUCCACGCGCUGCGUGUCUGCCUGCCAGGCUGUGGGGGCGGUGCUGGCGCAGCGGUGUCGGGAGGCGGGCCUCCAGCGCGUCAGCUUCAGGGCCCUGCCCUGGGAGUUCCGCUCACAGGCCGUGCAGAAGUUCUGGACUGCCAUGAAAGAGGGCGGGAUCACACUAAAUGAACCGCGGCGGAGAUACGCCUGAUUGGCUGGCUUGCGUCCUCGCUGUACCUGCUGGCUGAUGCAAUGCACCGAAAGGAACUGUGAAGAAAAUGGUGGAAAGUGCAGGCUUGUAAUAAAGAGUCAAUUUUUCUUA